UCCAAAUAAGAUAUGACCUAAAGGUCUAUGUUACCAGGUCAUAAAAUAAUAAAAAAUAAACAGCCUAACUGUCACCCGUCACCGUUUGUUAUGUGUCAGUCACUUUUACAAAUACACUAUCUAUGGACUCUGAUGUGAAUGUGUUUUUGUUGUUCACAACCUGUGUUUUUUAAUACCGUCUACAUAAACUUUCCAAUGUCAUUAGCUUUAAAACCGGGGUGUAAACUUGCCGUUUACUUAUUGUGUUUGCGUUAGACUUUAAAUAACUUUCGAUAUGCCUGUGACUUUGGUAGACAGGUUGCCCUUGCCAAAUCUCAAGGUUUACACAGCGGGCAGUGUGUUGCUACUUUCGGUUGCAGUGUAUUACGCUGUAAGUGUAACAAACGAUCCGAACUGGCGUACCAAUACGACUGUGCAGGCGCUGGAGGGCGCGGCACAGGGUCCCACGGGCGAUGCGGCCCUGUCCCCGCCGCCGCUGCGGGCGCCACUUCAACUCACCAACGACACCGGGAAUGUGACUGAGCAGAUGGUUGAAGUAAUAUCUUUUAUGAUGCAGGAGCCACUUUGUAUUUGGACGCUGGUAAAUGGCGCGUACUGCGCGCUGGGCGUGGCGGGGUGUGCGCUGCGCCGGCUCGUGUUCGGCCGACUGAGGGUUGCGGAGGCGCAGCGAAUUAAGGACAAGUUCUGGAACUACGUCUUCUACAAGUUCAUCUUCGUGUUCGGGGUGGUGAACGUGCAGUACAUGGACGAGGUGCUGCUCUGGUGCUCAUGGUUCACACUGCUCGGCUGCCUGCACCUGCUCGCUCAGCUCUGCAAGGACCGCUUCGAAUAUCUGUCGUCGUCGCCGCAGCCGGCGCGGUGGGCGCACGCGCGGCUGCUGGCCCUGCUGGCGGGCGUGCUGGGCGCGGCGGGCACGCUGCUGGCGGCCGCCGCGCGCUGGGGCCUGCCCGUCGGCCGGGACACGUUCGCCUUCAUGGCCGCCGAGUGCGUGCUGGUGGGCGUGACGGCGCUGCACGUGGUGGCGCGCUUCGUGCUGCGCGCGCGCGACGCCGACCCCGCCGGCCCCGCCGCAUACUAUACGCACCUCGUAUUCGACUCGGUGUCGCUGGCGACGGAGCUGGCGCACGUGGCGCACAUGGUGGUACACUGCAACGCGUUGGUGUCGAUGGCCUCGCUGGUGCUGCUGAUGCAGCUGCGCCACCUGCUGCACGCGUUGCUGGCGCGCCUGCGCCGCCAUCGCAUCUACACCGCGCUCGCGCACCACAUGCGCCGCAACUACCCGAUGGCGAGCCGCGAGGAGGUGGAGGAGAACGAGGACAACUGCGCCAUCUGCUGGGAGCCCAUGAAGGAGGCGCGCAAGCUGCCCUGCUCGCAUCUCUUCCACAAGUAUUUACCUUCAUUACGUUUCCUUCGCACUUUUUUGCUUCGUAUUUGUUUAGUUUGCAGAAAGCAGAAAGCAGAAAGUAUUGCGAAACUUGGCGUUGUAUUAUUUGAGCGAGGCACGUCGUUCGGUGGCGCAACCGUCGCGCCGGCGGUUGUCGCGCACCGAGCUCGUGCAAGCGGCGCGGCGUGUUGCAGCUCCCUGCACCCCCUGCGCCCCCUGCGCCCGCCGCCGCUCGCCCCCCACGACCCCCACGCCCCCCACGGCCCGCAGCUCGCGGCGAACGUCAACAGAGCCAACCACUUCUUCCACUUCGACGGGUCCCGCUACGUGUCGUGGCUGCCGAGCUUCUCGGUGGAGGUGCGGCGAGUGCGCGCCGACGCGCCGCCCGACCGGCCCGCGGACUCCCAGCUCGAAGCCAUGGCCCGCCAGGUGCAGCAGGUGUUCCCGCAGUUCUCGCUGGACGCGCUGAGCGAGGACCUGGCGCACACGCGCUCGCCCGACCGCACCGUCGACAACAUCCUGGCCGGCCGCCUGCUGCCCCACCCUCACCAGCACCACCAGCAACACCAGCAUCACCAGCGACACGGUGAUGUUUCUCACGCAGAGGAACCGCCGGCAACGGUGACCGCACCGGAGUCCCCCGGCCCCGCCGAACACGCCCCCGGCCCCGCCGAACACGCCCCCGGCCCCCCCUAA